UCACAAUUUUUUUUUUAAAAUUACAUAAUAUUAAAAAUAAUGAAAAUGUCUUUCAACUAUUUUUUUUUUUGGGUGGAAACAAAACUAACAGUUGCGGUAAGCCGGGGGAGUCUCCAUACCAGCGUAGGGAUGCAGAUGAACACAUAAAAACAAGAACAGAUCUUCAACAAAAUCAGGACCAAAACCCUACCUCAGCAACCUUACCAGUUUCUCACGUUCCGUACCAAAAACCCAAUCCCAAGACAAACACACGGCCACUAGGGAUACAAGCAAAACAAAACCCUCAAGAUAAGACACCCUCACCAAUUCCUCCCAUUCUAAAACACAGUAAAACCCUGACGAGUGGCAACGAAAAACCCCAUCAUUCAAAAGAAUCAAAACUCUUCCCCCAAAUCUAAUGGCCUCGUCUCCUCCGACCGAAUUAAAGGAAAAACCCAACAGCAACGAGGAUAAGAAGAGAAGGAGACCACCAAGCGCCGAGGAGAUGCUCGCCCACUACGAAGCACAGGGACUAGAUACCAGAGAAGCAUCUCUAAAGGCCAUCAAAGAACUCCAACUACUCCUCUACCGCUCCGUCUCAUCCGCAAGACCUGGAGCUAAGAAAGACGAUGACUCGACCCGUAAACUAGACAACGUUUACACUCGCCUGGCAAUCCUGGACAUGAAACUGGAUUCCAAACCCAAUUUCCCCCAAUCCCUUGCCAUUGGUGUCACUGCCCAAGCUAUCUUUACAGGACUUUCCACUAUUUAUAAGGUCGUCAGAUCUGCCACUCGUGGUUCACCCCCACCCUCUUCUUAAGACUUAUUUUUAUUUAUUUAUCGCUUGUUGGAUGAUUUUGUUUUUAGCUAUUAUGAGAUGGAACUUUUAUUGGUGUUGAUUAA